AUGACGUUGAAUUUCGUCGGAUUAAUAUUUUUAUUCGUGAGUGGUUACUUUCAGGGCGAUUUUGUGGUAGAUUCAACAUUCCUGAAUAAUGGUCAUGAAUCCAAUCUACGCAUUUUUCGCCAGAAUAUCAAAUCCGAUCGAAAUGGAAGUAGAGUCAAAAUCAUGACACAUUCACACGAUGGCAACGGUGUGAACGAAAUUAGGCACCUAAACAUGAAAUAUGAUCCAAAUCCAUUAGCCGAGGAUAUUACAACAUCAACUCAUCGAUCUCGUCAACAAAUUGAUUCAAACCCAAACAAUGGAUACACGAUUGAGGUUUUGAUAGUUAUAGAUACAUCGAUGCAAAUAUUUCAUACUAAAAAAGGCAGUAAUGUCACUGAAUACGUUUUAUCACUUAUGUCAAUGGUUAUAGAUAUGUUUGCACACACAAGCAUAGGUAGUUUUAUAGACGUAGCCGUUGUUGGUAUAGAGAAAAAUCUUGUUGUUGAAAAAGACAACGAUAUGCUGGCCAGUUUUCAAAAUUCAAUGAGCAACCAAACAAGGAAACGCAACUAUGAUGUUGGCCUACUUCUAACAAGGUAA